AUGUACACGUUCCCUAAAUGCUGGACCCUGCUGCUGAUAGUCGCCGUAACGGGAAUAGCCGCUGAGGAUGUACUCACAUGUCCAAAUGGCUGGAAGCUUCGGGGGUUACACUGCUACAAGUAUUUCAACGUGAAGCACUCGUGGGUUAAAUCGUCCACACUUUGCAAAAGGUAUGGCUCCGAGCUGGUGACGGUUGACUCGUACGACGAGAACAACUCCACGUUCCAGAUUGCGACCAGCAGCGAGUACCGGACGCGCAACAAUGUCAAGUACUGGCUCGGGUUCGCCUCGCUCGACGACCUGCGGACCAACACGCUCGAGUCCACCUCGAGGGGUCUGUUCUCGCAGUACUCCGGCUUUUGGGCCAUCAACGAACCGAACCCGCUGGCGGGUGAGUGCGUCGCGGCGAACCUCGGCUCGACCGACCAGAGCUGGGAGCUGAGGUCCUGCGAAACGCUGCUUCCGUUCAUGUGCAAGGCCCGGGCCUGCCCGCAGAAUUCGUUCCACUGUUCGAACGGGGCGUGCGUCAACCAGGCGUACAAGUGCGACGGCAAUGACGACUGCGGCGACGGUAGCGACGAGCUGGACUGCAGCGCCAACUGUAACAUCUACAUGGCCUCCGGUGGUGACGUCAUCGAGUCACCGAACUUCCCGCAGAAGUACCCCUCGCUGAAGUCCUGCAAGUGGACGCUCGAGGGUCCCCAGGGGAGCAACAUCAUACUGCAGUUCCAGGAGUUCGAUACGGAGAAAAACUUCGACACGGUGCAGAUUUUGGUUGGUAGCCGUACGGAGGACAGUGCUGUGUCGCUGGCCACACUGUCCGGUAAGAGUGACGUCCCGAACCGGACGUUCAUUACCGCGUCCAACUUCAUGGUGAUCAAGUUCACCUCGGACGGUAGCGUGGAAAAGAAGGGCUUCCGAGCGACGUGGAAGACGGAACCACAAACGUGCGGUGGCGUACUGCAGGCCAGCAAGCAGGAACAGUAUCUCAAGAGUCCCGGCUUCCCGCAGGCGUACCCCGGUGGGAUCGAGUGUCUGUACAUUAUCGCCGCACGCAAGGGCUACACGAUCUCGCUCGACAUUCAGGAUCUCGAUCUGACCGCCGACAGUGACUACCUGCUUAUCCGCGAUGGUGAGAGCGCCCACGAUAAGCCGAUCGCGAAGCUGACCGGCACGAUCGACACCAAACCGAACCGUGUGAUCAUCUCCACCGGAAACAAGCUCUACCUGUACUUCAGCACAUCGCUGGCGCAACCGGCCAAGGGCUUCAACAUUCGCUACGUGGAGGGCUGUACCGCGGUGGUUAACGCCCCGAACGGUACGGUCAGCUCGCCCGCCUACAACCUGGCGAUGUACCCGAACAACCAGGAGUGCUACUUCGUCGUCAAGAACCCAUCGGGCAAACCGCUGUCGAUGCGAUUCGUCGACUUUGACGUACACAGCUCGGAUCUGGUGCAGGUGUUCGAUGGACCGUCGACAUCCGGUGUGCGGCUUCACGCCGGCAACGGUUUCACCGAUAACAACGCGCCAAAGAUCACGCUCACCGCUUCCUCCGGCAAAAUGCUGCUGAAGUUCAUCACCGAUGCACUGUACAACGGCAAAGGCUGGUCUGCGGAGUUUUCUGCCGACUGUCCCGAGCUGAAGCCGGGUAUCGGGGCGAUCGCUAGCAGCCGCGAUACUGCCUUCGGCACGGUUAUCAACUUCACCUGCCCGGUUGGGCAAGAGUUCGCCACUGGCAAGCACCGGAUCACCACCGUGUGCCAGAACGGAGGCAACUGGAGCGUUAGCUACAUUCCAGACUGUCAAGAGGUUUACUGUGGACCGGUGCCACAGAUCGACAAUGGAUUCUCCUUCAAAACCACCAACGUUACCUAUCGCGGUAUCGCGACCUACCAGUGCUAUGCUGGCUUCGCGUUCGGAUCCGGUCUAGCGACGGAAACCAUUUCCUGCCUGGCCGACGGUACCUGGGAACGACAGCCGGCCUGUAUGGCAUCGCAGUGUCCGCCGCUGCCGGAAGUGGCGCACGCCAACGUCACCGUGCUCAAUGGCGGUGGACGCAGCUACGGUACGAUCAUCAACUACGAGUGCAUCCCAGGCUACGUGCGCACCGGACGUCCGAUUCUGAUCUGCAUGUCCAACGGCCAGUGGAGUAGCCCGGUACCGAGCUGUUCGCGCAAGCAGUGCUUCAAAGUGCCAGACGUUCCGAACGGCUACGUGGUCGACAAGACCCGCGAAUACUACUACGGUGACGAGGCACGCGUCCAAUGCUACAAAGGCUACCGUUUGAUUGGCUCCCAUACUGUCAAGUGUAAUGAACAACAAGACUUCUCUAAUGUUCCGGUUUGUGAAGAUAUUGAUGAAUGUCAAACGUCACAGUGUGAUGCGGCCUCGACCGAGUGUAUGAAUGCGGCCGGCUCUUUCCAUUGCAAGUGUAAGACGGGUUACACCUCGUCCAUGGAAUGCCGCCCGGUGGUCGAUCUGGGACUCUCGAACGGUGGUAUAGCCGACGACAGCAUAACGGUUUCGUCGACGGCGAGUGGCUUUGAAAAGGGCAUGAUCCGUCUGAAUUCGGUCGGCUGGUGUGGCAAUGGAAAGGAGCGCGGCUCGAACUGGGUGAUUAUCGACAUGAAGGCACCGACCGUUGUGCGUGGCUUCCGUACGAUGUCCGUGCAGCGCAUGGACGGUGCGUUGGCGUUCACCUCAGCGAUCCGGCUCGAGUACUCGGACGACAUUUCCGACGUGUUCAAGGACUACGCCAAUCCGGACGGGACGGCGGUAGAGUUCCGCAUACUGGAACCGACGCUGUCCAUCCUCAAUCUGCCCAUGCCCAUCGAGGCGCGCUACAUCAAGUUCAAGAUUCAGGACUUUGUGGUGGCCCCGUGCAUCAAGCUGGAAAUUAUGGGCUGCACGCGUUUGGACUGCCUGGACAUCAACGAGUGCGCCAAGGAUAACGGUGGCUGCAACCAGAAGUGCGUCAACUCGCCCGGCUCGUACAAGUGUGCCUGCAACUUUGGCUACGAACUGUUCCGUCAGAAUGGAACCGAAGGGUUCAGUAUCGAGCGUCACGAAACGGGUGAGAAGGACGGUGACAUUUACCAGCGCAACAAGACUUGCGUGCGUAGGAUGUGCCCCGCGUUGUCCGAUCCGGAGAACGGAAAACUGCUGACCAGCGAGAUUCAGCAUCACUUCGGUGACGUCGUGAAGUUCCACUGCAAUUUCGGGUACGUCCUAUCGGGCAGCUCGUCGUUGUCCUGUAUGUCGAAUGGCAACUGGAACGCAUCGAUGCCAAAGUGUCAAAGUGCCAAGUGUGUUUCCUUGCCGGACGAUGAAAAGGAAGGUCUCUUUGUGAAGCGUGGCGAUCAGAACGAAAUUCUUGUACCGUUCAACGAAAAUAUCACCCUGGAGUGUACGACCUCGGGCAAGCAGAUUGGUAAAACGGCUAUUUCUACCUUCCGCCAGUGCGUGUUUGAUCCUCAACCGGGAUAUCCGGAUUACUGGCUAUCCGGGGUGUUGCCAACUUGCGCACGGGCAGACUGCGGUACACCGAUGCCAACCGCCGGUGCCGAGUACGGUCAGUACGCCGAUACCAAGUACAUGAGCUCAUUCUUCUUCGGAUGCCAGAACACAUUCAAACUGGCUGGGCAGACUAGCAAGAACGACAACGUUGUCCGUUGUAUGGCGGACGGCGUGUGGGACUUUGGCGAUCUACGGUGUGAGGGUCCGGUGUGCGUUGACCCUGGUCGACCGAACGAUGGCUUCCAGGUGGCGAACAGCUACGAGCAGGGCUCGGAGGUACUGUUCGGAUGCUCGCGUGCCGGCUACAUCCUGAUCAACCCGCGUCCAAUCACGUGCAUGAAGCAGCCCGAGUGUAAGACCAUCAAACCGAUCGGCAUCUCCUCCGGCAUUAUUCCGGACAGCGCUAUCAAUGCGACGUCUGAGCGGCCAAACUACGAGGCAAAGAACGUACGCCUGAACUCGGUCACGGGAUGGUGUGGCAAGCAGGAAACGUUCACGUACGUCAGCGUGGACCUGGGUAAGGUGUACCGCGUGAAAGCGCUGCUGGUGAAGGGCGUCGUCACGAACGACAUCGUUGGCCGCCCGACGGAGAUCCGGUUCUUCUACAAGCAGUCGGAGAAGGAGGAUUAUGUCGUGUACUUCCCGAACUUUAAUCUGACCAAGCGGGAUCCGGGUAAUUACGGUGAGUUGGCAAUGAUCACCCUGCCAAAGUAUGUGCAGGCACGUUUCGUCAUUCUGGGCAUCGUUAGCUACAUGGACAACCCGUGUCUGAAGUUCGAGCUGAUGGGUUGCGAAGAACCGUCGACCAUGGAACCACUGCUCGGUUACGACUAUGGUUACUCACCGUGCGUCGACAACGAACCACCGGUCUUCCAGAACUGUCCACAGCAACCAAUUCUGGUUAAGCGUGGACCGAAUGGAGAGGUACUUCCGCUGAACUUCACCGAACCGACCGCCCUCGAUAACUCGGGCUCGAUCGCACGAUUGGAGGUAAAGCCACCACACUUCAAGACCACGAGCUACGUACUGGACAACACCGUGGUGAAGUACAUCGCGUACGAUUACGAUGGCAACGUGGCGAUUUGUGAGAUCAACAUUACCGUACCGGAUAUUACGCCACCCCUGCUCGACUGUCCGCAGAGCUUCGUGAUCGAGCUGGGCGAGAAGCAGCAGAACUACUACGUGAACUUCAACGACACGAUUAAGCGCGUGAAGACAUCGGACGCUUCGGGUGACGUGCGCGUUGAGUACAUCCCGGAGGCGGCCUCAAUCCCGCUCGGUGGAUUCCGCAACGUAACGGUGGUGGCAACGGAUAAGUUCAACAACAAGGCUUCGUGCAACUUCCAGGUGUCAGUACAACCGACGCAGUGUGUCGAUUGGGACCUGCAGGCGCCGGGCAAUGGAGACAUCAAGUGUACCACGCAGGAGUCGGGUGGCGUUGAAUGUGAGGCCACCUGUAACCCAGGCUUCCGGUUUACCGAUGCGGACAAGAAGAAGGUGUUCAACUGCAAGAAGGGUCGCUUCUGGAAGCCGUCCUCGGUGGUGCCGGACUGUGUGUCGGAGAACACGCAGCGUGCGGACUAUCAGGUUGUCGCUACGACGACGUACCGUGCCAAUGGGGUCGUGUCGGAACUCUGCCUGCCCCAGUACCAGGACCAGACGGCGAAACACUUUGCCAGCCUGAGCAAUGUGCUGUCCCAGCGCUGCUCGGCGGUGUACGUUAACAUGAACGUAACCAUCCUCAAGUCGGUGCCGCGCCUCAUCGAGGAGAACGUGGUGGAGAUGGACUUCGUUCUACUGAUCGAUCCGGCCGUCAAGCAGCCGCAGCUGUACGAUCUGUGUGGUUCGACGUUGAAUCUGAUUUUUGACCUAAGCGUACCGUACGCCAGUGCGGCCAUCGAGCCGCUGUCGAACGUGAAGGCGAUCGGUAACGAGUGUCCACCGCUGCGCGCACUGAAGAGUUCGAUCUCGCGCGGAUUUACCUGCGGCGUCGGUGAGGUGCUCAACAUGGACACCAACGAUGUCCCGCGGUGUCUGCACUGUCCGGCCGGAACGUACGCCGGCGAGAACCAGACGACCUGCUCACCGUGCCCGAAGGGUUUCUAUCAGCAUCGCGAACGGCAAGGAUCGUGCCUCAAGUGCCCGGUCGGAACGUACACGAAGGAGGACGGAUCGAAGGCGGUGCAGGACUGUGUGCCCAUCUGUGGCUACGGAACGUACUCACCGACCGGACUGGUGCCCUGUCUCGAGUGCCCGAGGAAUUCCUUCUCGGCGAUGCCACCGAUGGGUGGAUUCCGCGACUGUCAGGCCUGUCCGAGUGGAACUUUCACGUAUCAGCCGGCCGCGCAGAGUGAUACCGACUGUCGGCGCAAGUGCCCGGCCGGUACGUACUCGUUCACCGGGCUGGCCCCGUGUGCUCCGUGCCCGAAGAACUACUUCCAGAAGUCGGAGGGAGCGACGACAUGCAAUGAAUGCCCAUCGGGUCGACGUACGGAUACGGUUGGCUCGCUGACGGCGGAUGAUUGUAAGCCGGUCACGUGCAACGAGAACUCCUGCCAGCACGGUGGACUUUGUGUGCCGCUGGGUCACGACAUUCACUGCUUCUGCCCGGCCGGAUUUUCCGGAUCGCGGUGUGAGAUCGACAUUGACGAGUGUGCGUCGCAACCGUGUUACAACGGAGGCAUCUGCAAGGACCUGCCCCAGGGUUACCAAUGCCAGUGUGCGCCGGGUUACAGCGGAAUCAACUGUCAGGAGGCGAAGAGCGAUUGUGACUCCAACCCUUGUCCGGCCCGAGCGAUGUGCAAGGACGAGCCUGGAUUUGGCAAUUACACAUGCAUGUGCCGUAGCGGCUACACGGGAGACAACUGCGACGUCACGAUCGAUCCGUGUACGGCCGGGGAAAACCCUUGUGGCAACGGAGCGACCUGUCACGCGCUGCAACAGGGACGCUUCCGAUGCGAGUGUACCGCUGGUUGGGAGGGACAUCUGUGCAACAUCAACACGGACGACUGCGCGGAGAAACCGUGUCUGCUCGGGGCGAACUGUACGGAUCUGGUGAACGACUUCAGCUGCGACUGCCCGCCCGGUUUCGCCGGCAAACGGUGCCAGGAGAAGAUCAACCUAUGUCUCUCGGAGCCGUGCAACCAUGGUAUGUGUGUCGAUCGGUACUUCUAUCACGAGUGUAUCUGCGCUCCGGGCUGGGAUGGUUCCGCUUGCGACGUCAACGUCGACGAGUGCGAGAGCGACCCGUGCAAGAACGGUGGCUCGUGUACGGAUCUGAUCAACGACUAUCAGUGCACCUGCGCCGAGGGAUACACGGGCAAGAACUGUCAGCACACGAUCGACGAUUGUGAAAGUGCACCGUGCCAGAACGGUGGCACUUGCGUCGAUCAGUUGGAUGGCGUGACCUGUCUCUGCCGGCCCGGAUUCGUCGGGCUGCAGUGCGAGACGGACCGCAACGAGUGUCUAAGCGAUCCAUGCAAUCCGAUCGGCACGGAGAAGUGCCUGGACAAGGAGAACGCAUUCGAGUGCGUCUGCCGGCAGGGCUUCGAUGGAAAGCUGUGCGACAACGACAUCGAUGACUGCGAGUACGCACCGUGCCAGAACGGAGGCACCUGUAUCGAUCGUGUCGGAGGAUUCGAGUGCAAGUGCCCGUCGGGAUGGACCGGGGAGCGGUGCAACGUCCAGGUGACGGCGUGCGACGUCGAACGGCCGUGCAAGAACGACGCCCAGUGUAUCGAUCUGUUUGAGGACUUCUUCUGCGUCUGCCCGAGCGGUACCGACGGUAAGAAAUGUGAAACGGCCCCGGAUCGCUGCAUCGGCCAGCCGUGCAUGCACGAGGGCCAGUGCAAGGACUACGGUUCCGGACUGAACUGCUCCUGCUCGAUGGACUUCACCGGAGUCGGCUGUCAGUACGAGUUUGACGCGUGCGAAGCCGGCACCUGCCAGAAUGGGGCCACCUGUGUCGAUCGGGGCAGCGGCUAUCAGUGCAUCUGCCCACCGGGCUACACUGGCAAGAACUGCGAGACCGAUCAGGUGGACUGCAAGGAUAACUCCUGCCCGCCCGGUGCCGUGUGUAUCGAUCUGAACAACGAUUUCUACUGCCAGUGUCCGUUCAAUCUUACCGGAGACGAUUGUCGCAAGUCGGUCCAGAUUGACUACGAUCUUUACUUCACCGAUCCGACCCACUCGUCCGCAUCGCAGGUUGUACCGUUCUACACAGCGGCGUCGGACAGUAUGACCCUGGCCAUGUGGGUGCAGUUUGCGCAGAAGGACGAAACCGGCACCUUUAUCACGCUUUACUCUGCAAGCUCACCGAAUGUGAUUGGAAAGCGCCGCACGAUGCUGCAAGCCCACUCGAGCGGUGUUCAGGUAUCGUUCUUCGAGGAUCUGCAGGAUGUCUUCCUGCCGUUCAAGGAGUACAGCACCAUCAACGACGGCCAGUGGCAUCACAUUGCCGUCGUUUGGAACGGCAAAACGGGCCAGUUGAUGCUCAUCACCGAGGGUUUCAUUGCCAGCAAGGCCGAGUAUGGCAUUAACCGCGUGCUACCGAAUUACUGCUGGCCGGUGCUUGGAGUACCGCUUAUGGAUGGCAACCGGAAGGAGGCGUACAGUGAUCUCGGUUUCCAGGGCAAGCUGACCAAGGUGCAGAUCUGGAGCCGUGCGUUGGAUGUGACGAACGAAAUUCAGAAACAGGUGCGCGACUGCCGCAGCGAGCCGGUGCUGUACAAGAACCUCAUCCUGAACUGGUCCGGCUACGAGCAGACGCUCGGAGGCGUCCAGCGAUCCGUGCCGUCGACGUGCGGUCAGAAGAAGUGCAAACCGGGCUACGGUGGGUCGAACUGCCAGCAGCUGCAGGUGGACCGUGAAGCGCCUGUCGUUGAGUACUGCCCGUCGGAUCUGUGGAUUGUGGCGAAGAAUGGAUCGACGGCGGUAACCUGGGAGGAGCCACGCUUCACCGACAACAUUGGCCUCUCAAAGGUUGUCGAACGAAACGGACACCGAUCGGGUGAGACGUUGCUGUGGGGCAUCUACGACGUGAUGUACCUGGCGUACGAUGCGGCCGGCAAUACGGCAUCCUGCAACUUCAAGGUGACGAUCGUGUCCGACUUCUGCCCGGCGCUGGCGGAUCCACUGGGUGGUGCGCAAAGCUGCAAGGACUGGGGUGCCGGUGGACAGUUCAAGGUGUGCGAGAUUACGUGCAAUCCGGGCAUGAAGUUCUCGCAGGUGGUACCGAAGUUCUACACUUGCGGCUCGGAAGGUUUCUGGCGCCCGACGGUGCACCCGACGGUGCCCCUGGUGUAUCCGGCAUGCUCACCGACCAAGCCGGCGCAGCGCUUGAUUCGCAUCCAGAUGCAGUUCCCCUCGGAUGUGCUGUGUAACGAGGCUGGCCAGGGUGUACUGCGGCAGCGCAUCAAGAACGCGAUCAACGCCCUCAACCGAGACUGGAAUCUGUGCUCGUAUUCGAUGGAGGGAUCGCGCGAGUGUCGCAACGUGGACAUUGACGUGCGGUGCGAUCGUAACCGACAUCCGAACGGUAUUGUGAAGCGCCAGACCGUGCUGCAGAUUUCACCGGAGAGCGCAUACGCAAUCAAUGCUACCAUCCCGAUCAAGAGUGAAAUUGCUAGCAACUCCAAUGGACAACGGUUGAACACGGUCAAUCUGCUGGAGAAACUCAUCCUGGAGGACAACCAGUUCGCGGUGCAGGACAUUCUGCCCAACACGUUCGGUGACGCGUCGUCGCUGAACCUCGUCACGGAGUACGCUUGCCCGCAGGGUCAGGUCGUGGUCGAGCCGGACUGCGUUCCAUGCGCCGUCGGUACGUUCUACAACGUGUCGAGCAAGACGUGCUUACCGUGCCCGGAGGGAUCCUACCAGCCGGAGAUUGGUCAGCUGAAGUGCAAGAGCUGCCCGAAGAUCGCCGGACGUGUUGGUGUAACGGCACUAGUUGGCGCACGGUCGGCCGUCGAAUGUAAAGAACGAUGUGCCGCCGGUAAGUACUUGGACUCUGUGACCGGACUUUGCCAACCGUGCGGCUUCGGUUACUACCAGCCUAGCGAGGGUUCGUUCUCGUGUGAGAUCUGCGGGCUCGGACAAACGACACGCACGGCGGAAGCGACGAGCAAGAGCGAAUGUCGCGACGAAUGUAGCUCCGGUAUGCAGCUCGGCUUGGAGGGUAAAUGUGAACCGUGUCCACGUGGUACGUACCGCAAGCAGGGUGUACAUCCGUCGUGUCUGUCCUGUCCGAAUGGACGCACCACGGCUAAGCUGGGAUCGUCCAACGUCGAGGAAUGUUCGUUACCGAUCUGUUCGCCUGGAACGUACCUGAACGGCACGCUGAACGUUUGUGUCGAAUGUCGCAAGGGCUUCUAUCAGUCCGAGUUCCAGCAGACGUCUUGUAUUCCGUGCCCACCGAAUCAUACCACACGCAGUACGGCAGCGAACAACAAAAAUGAAUGUAUCAAUCCAUGUGAGGACGUCUCGGAUGGUUCCCCACGUUGCGACCCGAACGCGUUCUGCAUACUGAUACCGGAAACGUCCGAUUUCAAGUGUGAAUGCAAACCAGGAUUCAAUGGCACCGGAAUGGAGUGUUCAGAUAUGUGCAACGGUUUCUGUGAGAACUCCGGUCAUUGCGUGAAGGACGCGAAGGGUCUACCAUCAUGCCGCUGCAAGGGAUCGUUCACCGGAACGAAGUGUACCGAGCGAUCGGAGUUUGCGUACAUUGCCGGUGGCGUCGCAGCAACCGUUAUCUUCAUAAUACUCAUUGUUCUGCUGAUUUGGAUGAUUUGUGCGAGAGCCAAUCGCAAGCGCGACCCGAAAAAGAUCAUUUCACCAGCGGCGGAUCAGACAGGCUCGCAGGUCAACUUCUACUACGGAGCGCACACGCCAUAUGCCGAAAGUAUUGCUCCAUCGCACCACAGCACCUACGCGCACUAUUACGACGACGAGGAGGACGGCUGGGAGAUGCCCAACUUCUACAACGAGACAUAUCUUAAAGAUGAUCAAUUCAUCGGUGUUCAAGGUCCCAACGGAAAGCUCAAUUCGUUGGCUCGAUCCAACGCAUCGUUGUACGGUACGAAGGAUGAUCUGUAUGAUCGGCUAAAACGUCACGCUUAUACCGGUAAAAAAGACAAAAGUGACACUGACAGUGAAGAGCAUUAGGCAUCGUUGUUAAUUUAAGUAUUAG